AAUAUAAUUCAGUCGUUGAAGCUGUGUGGUCGUUCUAUUUGUGUGAGUUGUGAACAUGUGGAGGUACUUCGCGCUUUUGGUUGUCGGCUGUUGCUAUGCGUCAGCAGCAAUAGAGCACAAUGUGACGAUUGUGACUCUGCCAGAGAAUGUACCAGAGGAGGUUGGCGCCAGCACACGUAUCAUCGGGGGCUCCCCGGCUCCCAUCAGCCGGUACCCCUACACUGUACAGGUGCUGAACAGCAACCAGCUGUCGUGUGGCGGCACCCUCAUCACGCGGCGACAUGUGCUUUCCGCCGCCCACUGCUUCGUCGACAGCCGGAACGUGUUGUUCAGUGCCAGUCUCUUCUCCUGCCGCGUCGGCUCCGCUACUCUCAAUACCGGCGGUUCCGUAUACCGCGUAUCCCGCAUCAUCAACCACGAACGCUACAACCUCGACGCGCCGCGCGACAACGACAUCUCUGUAUUGUUACUGUCAACCACUGUCACGUUGAGCGCCAACGUCGCUACUGCCACUAUACCCACGCAGGGCAGCGUUGUGCCGGAUAACGCCGUGGUGUGGGUCGUCGGGUGGGGUCAGACCACGGCUGUACCAGGCCCGACAUCGACGAUCCUGAAUGAGGUCUGGGUGUACACGAUCAACACAGCCGUCUGCGCGCAGCGCUACAGAAACCUGGAGAUCGUCAACAACUCGCCCUACCCCGUCACCAGCAGCAUGAUGUGCAGCGGCAUACUCGAUGUUGGAGGUCGUGACGCAUGCCAAGGCGACAGUGGGGGGCCAGUCAUCUACUCGGGUGUGGUGGUGGGGGUGACCUCGUGGGGGGAGAGCUGCGCGCACCCCUACUACCCUGGCGUCAACGCUAGGGUGGCAGCGUAUACCAACUGGAUCAACUCCACGGUGACGCGUUACAACGGGGCGCCAUCUCUCGGACAGACCAGCUUGGUGCUGUUACUUCUGUCGUUCUUCGCUUCCUCCGCGUUCAGCAACCACUUAUAACUAAUAAUAUUGAUCAUAGACUGAUUCAGUUGCCAGCGAUGGGUUGGUAUAUGUCAAAGGUUUUAUAGAUGGCGCCACCAGCAUAAAGUAUUCGUUUUAAGGCAUUUAAGGUCACUUGCACCACCGAAAAUGGAACCCUCCAUUUUAACCCGAGGUUAACCCAGCAUUUUACAUG